AUUGACAUGAGUAACAUUGUGGAAGAAUGUCUUUACAAUGCAUUGAGUGAACUCAUUGAGAAGCAAUUUAAACAAUUUAAACGGAAGCUAAAUCAUAUUAAUUAUGCUGGAGAGCAAAACAUUCCUAGAGCUUUUUUGGACAAAGCUGAUGAACAAGAUGUUGUAGAUCUCAUGAUUCAACAUUAUGGAGAAGAUGCUCUAGAGGUGUGCAUUGAUGUCCUUCUAAAAUGCAAUAGGAAAGAUCUUGCAAAAAACCUUGAAAAAGCUCGACAGAAAGAUGUUGAUGCUCACCAAUUUGUAGAUUCAUCAGAAUACAGAAACUACAUUAAAAAAAAGUUUGAAACAAUGAAAGAUCCUAAUGCUGUUCCUGGUGAAUAUGUACCCCUAAAGCAGAGAUACUCAAAGCUAAUCAUCCUAGAUUAUCAUCCAUCUGAAGAGGAGAGAGAAGAUGAAAUUCUGGCAAUAGGAAGGAAACAUUUUGAAAUCAUCAGCAAAAGAGCCGAGUCUUCAGCCAGCAUUGAAACAUUAUUUAAUCCUGAUAAAUAUGGAUUAAUUCCACAAGUUGUUGUGUUACAAGGAGCUGCAGGAAUUGGAAAAACUAUAAUGGCCAAAAAAAUCAUGCUUGAUUGGGCUUCUCAACUACUUUACCAGGACAAAUUUAAUUAUGCUUUCUAUAUUUGCUGCAGAAAGUUUAAUCUCCAUUCAGAGGCAGAGAAGAGUAGCAUUGCAGAGAUAAUUUCAGAAGAAUGGCUCAAGUGUCACGAAUUGAAAAAUGUCAUUGGAAACAUACUGAAGAAUGAAGAGAAGCUUCUGUUCAUAAUUGAUGGGUUUGAUGAAUUCAGAUAUUCCUUUGAUCAGCCCAAAGAUUCCUUUGAUCAGCCCAAAGAUUCCUCUUGCACUGAUCCCUGGAAGAAGGAGCCAGUGAGAAUUCUUUUGAACAGUUUAUUUCAAAAAAAGCUUCUUCCUAAAUCCUCUCUUAUAAUCACAACAAGACCUACUGCUUUGGAGAAACUCCAUCAAUUUCUAGAGCACUCACGCAAUUUUGAGAUAUUGGGGUUUUCCACAAGGGAGAGACAAAAAUAUUUCUACAAAUUUUUUGAAAACGAAGACCAAGCAACUCAAGCUCUCCGAUUCGUUAAACAAAGUGAUACGCUUUUCACCAUGUGUGUCAUUCCCCUUGUGAGCUGGAUCAUCUGCACAGUGAUGAAACAGGAGAUGAAGAGAGGCAAGGAUCUGCAGAAGACACCAUAUACCCUCACUGCAAUCUAUAUGCUGUAUUUCUCUAGUUUGUUAAAGUUUCAUCACAAAGAAUCCAAACAGGAUGUCCAAUCAAAUGUGAAAGGGUUAUGCUCUUUGGCUGCAGAAGGGGUUUGGAAACAGAAAACAUUAUUUAUGAAAGAAGAAGUCAAGAAGCACAGUUUGGAUCAUGGAAACUUCCUCCCCCUUUUUCUGAAUCAGAGCAUCUUCAAAAGAGACAUUGAUUGUAUUCAAACCUUCAGCUUCAUUCAUUUAAGCUUCCAGGAGUUUUUUGCUGCUUUGUUUUAUGUGCUAGAAGAAGGAGAUGAACAGCAUUCUGAAAAUCAGAAUAAAAAUUUGCAAGCACUUUUAGAAAGACAUAAAUCUUUCAGGCCUGAUUUUGCAGUAGGAUUUCGCUUCCUCUUUGGUUUUUUAAAUGAAGCAAAAAGAAUGAGAGAGUUGAAAAAAGAAUUCGGAUGGGAAAUUUCUCCUAAGAAUAAAGAAUUCUUGUUAGACUGUGUAAAAAAUAAUAUUACAAAAAGGAGACGUAAUUUCCAGUUGCAAAAAGAAAUGUUUAAUUAUUUAUAUGAGACACAAGAUGACAAUUUUAUAAAAAAUGCAAUAUGUGAUAGCACUGAAAUAGAUUAUCAGUGCAACUCAGAUAUGGAAUUGAUGAUCCUGGGCUAUUGUAUACAACACUGCCAGAAUUUAAAGUACCUCUUUGUCAAAGGUUCUGAAUUUCUAUAUCAUGCAGAGACAGAAUUAUUUCUUCCAGAAAAAGAGGAAUGGAGUUUGGAUGAAAGAUAUAUGGAAGACUUCUUUAAAGCACUGACCAAACUGAGAAACUUAAGUGUCCUCAGGUUUGAGGGAUGGUCCUUCACAGAGUCCUGCAGCAGGCAUCUUGUUGAAGUCUUCAGGAAAAACCAGAAAUUGAAAGAGUUAACGUUGUUCCUCAAGGAUACAGAUGAGAGAGCAGUGGAAUUGCUGUGUGAGGGGCUCCAACAUCCAGACUGUGUAGUAGAAACACUCUGGUGA